GCGCCAGAUCCUUUUGAAGCUCUUCAAUCUCGACUCCGAACAUGACAAUACCAACCUUUCCUGUAGAAAUCUACUCAGAAAUCCUAAAGCACAUUCCAACCACAGAUGAUUCAGGGGUAAAGCUGCUUCUAGCGUUCCUUCAAAGUAACUCUCGUCUCCGAGCUGCAGCCCUCGCUCCCGAAGUAUGGGAACCACACUAUCACGCUCGGUACGUACAUAGUGUGGAGGAGAGAGAACGGCAGCGUAGAGACGCUGCAGGGAACAACUGGAGACAACUUUACAUACAGAGAAGAACUCUCGACCGCAAGGCCCUGCAGUCACUUGAUGAAAUUCGUAAGGAUCGCAGAGAUAGACAUAACAAGGUUGCGACUAUCACCGACUUCUCUUUCGACAUCUGGGAUGCGAUUAGACAGGAGUCAAGGAUUCCUAUUCCCCUUUGUUUCCGAGGGUCAUAUGGUGAACAGGAUGAAAGUGCCGUUCCUCCGGAUGCGUUGCCUCGACAAUUUUGGGCGAAUACGAUCCUUGGUGUCAUUGCAAGACGUCAGGCUGUUGGUAUCUGGGGACGUACGUUUUCUGAACAGGGGGACGUUCCGUUUGAGGAGGCUUUGGCUAGUCUUUCUUCGGUGUAUUCUGUAUCUGUCAAAGAGAUCACUGUAAUGCUAGAUGAUAUAUUCGAACAUUGUAAACAGGAGCUACAGAAACUGGCAGUCUGCUUGGACCCCAAUGAUUCUGCCUAUGACCUUUGGGAGCUUUGUAUUCAGAUUCGCUCAGUUCUUCGUGACAUGGGCUUCAGAGUUGCAAAUAGUCAUCGGUUCAGUCGGUUGUUUUCUCAAUUCCCGCACUCCUUCCUGUUGCCAGGGCACAGAGACACAAUCCCCAUGUCCCUCAUAUACGUCUUCGUGUCGAUAUGCACGCGACUUGGUAUCAACGCUUCUCCUGUUAACUUCCCUGGAUCCGUCCUGGCGCAUGUCGCUUCCUCGGACGGGAACAUACUAUUCGACAUGUGCUCCGCACGGCGCCCAUUGAGAACUUCCAAUACAGCAGACUUGCAGUCUUUUGUACGCAGCCAAGUUGGCGGCGCAACCGUGACGGUUCUUAACGAGGAAUCAACUGGUCCUGCAGACUCUGCCACGAUGCUCUCACGGGCAUUCAAUAACAUAAUGAGUUUCAUCCGAUUCGAGAGAAUGCACGACGAAGAUCCUGCUUCUUUGGAGAGACGCGAAAAAUCAUUCUACCUCAUCACGCUUUGUCGAUUAUUAUUCAUUCAGAAUCAGUUCGAUGGGCUACUCCCUUCGCCUCCGCACACGAUGCCUUUGGAUGAUCGUGCCGUGAUCUUGGAUGUGCUCGCUCCCCUGCUUCCCGAGCACAUACGCAGCCCUCUGCAGGAUGCUUGUGAGGAACGUCUUCGAGAUGCAGCGGUCAAAUCAACCAAAGUGUAUUCUCGAAAGGAUGUUGGCAAAGUGGAUUACUUUGUUGGACUGUGCUUCCGACAUACUGAAUUCCAGUAUACCGGUUGUAUAUUCGGAUGGGAUGCGACUUGCAAUGCUUCGGAGGAGUGGAUACGAGAGAUGAAAGUGGACCGCCUCAAACACGGCCGCGACCAACCUUUCUACGUUGCAUAUGCCGACGACGCACAUAGCCGAUACGUUGCACAGGAGAACAUCAUUCCUGUAGUGCCUUCUGAAGCUGAUUUGCGCCGACUGUAUCUCUCUCGCUCUGCAUUCGGACGUAAUUUUACUGGGCUUGCUGAUGAUGGUCUAGCGCAUCCGGGACGAUUGUCUAUGUCUGAUGAGAUGAGAGCUGUAUAUCCAGACGAUGAUGAUUUUGGUAGGAAGUGGGUACAGGAAAACCGUAAUUGGGAGUGAAUCAGGAGAAAUUCAAGUCACUGACGACAUAGACUGCACAUACACGGAUCGAACCUAUGCUUUACCUUGCACCGUGAUCGCUGUCGACUGUGCUUGCGGUGGACGUCCCCUAGUACGCUUUCUCCGUCCACGUUUACUUUUACGAUGAUGGCGAUUCCUGAAGCCAUGCUCCUUGAAGGCGCGUAUGACUGAUAUCAACGAGGGUACGACAACGAUGAGGGCUAAGAUCUGUGAAGGCAGAAGAUGUAACUUCUGCCUGUUUCUGGCAUAGCAAAGAGCACGCACCUGGCCAAAUCCCCAUUCCUUAUCGGAACUAUCAACCGCGGGAUUGUGCCUUAGGAGCAAUUCGGUCGAAAUGAUGAAAUAUGUGAAUACGAUGACCUGGAAGAUAGUAAUGCCAAGCAACAUGGGAUCCAAGUUAGACGACCAGCCACGUCGUCUAUGGCGUGUCCUGCGUGUGCCACUCUUCUCAGAACGGGGAAAGACUGGACUGGGUUGAGGAGAGUGAGAGUUGUCUGAGAGGUCAGACACAUCAAUGUCGUCCGUAGUUCCUCGCAGCUCCACGUCAUUCUGUUUAGAAGAAUCAGGACAAUGGUCCACAGUGAUCAUAGGAUUGGAAGGUCUAUGUUUGUUAUGACGACGAUAGUACGAGAGGAUCUCGUGCGCUGUAAUGAGCAGAUAUCCGCCCGUGAGGAUGGAGGUGACAAUCAAUCCCAAUUUCCUGCCUGAGCCAAGAGCUGGAAAGUCGACAGCGAAGAAGGCCACGUAUUUGACAAAUGGUGCACAGUGGUCUUGAUUGAAUGCCUGAGGGUUUGACCUAUACGAAUAGAUGCACGAUGCUAAGCGAGAAUGGUGCUGGUCAUCCACAUUCAGCUUACCAGGUGUAGAACGUCAGAGCCAUCGAGAAGAACAUCUGUAGCAUAGCUCCAAUCUUAACACUGUUUUCUGGCUCCACCUU